AUGGGUGCUAACGUUUCUUCGCCAGACCAGAAAUUUCCAGUAACCGAUAUCCAUUCCAGGAAGCCAUGGGCACCUCGCUUCGAGCCAGAGAUUUCUCCUUACAAAGUCAACAGUCCCUUUGUUGUGGAAAUCAAGAACAAGAAUCAGUGGAAAUCUCGGCUCGACGCUCUCAAAGACACUAACAAGCUGCUGGUGAUCGAGUUCACGGCCAAAUGGUGCGGACCAUGUAAAUCCCUUGAACCUAAGCUUGACGAGUUGGCGGCUAAGUACACCGAUGUUGAGUUCGUGAAGGUUGAUGUCGAUGUGUUAAUGAGCGUGUGGAUGGAAUACAAGCUUCAUACUUUGCCUGGGAUUGUAUUCAUGAAGAGAGGCCAAGAAAUAGACAGAGUUGUGGGUGUGAAGUUUGAUGAGUUAGAGAGGAAGCUCCACAGAUACACACAAUCCUUCUACUGA